AUGGGGGGUAAUUACUCAAAACUUUUUACGAAGUUUGUCGCCGAGCGAGCACUGGCGCGGCACCGACUGGUUCGUCGGAACACCCAACGGCGCUACAGGAAGAAGCUGCAGAACAAAGGAAUCGACCUGGAGACGUCCGUCACUCAACUCCGAGCCGAGAUCCAGCGGCUACAGCAAAUGAAGAGCGAACCGCAGCACAUUUUAAUCGCGAUGACGCCGUGGAAGGCCAUAGUGGAGCAAAGUCGCCUGUUCCGCUACGGAUUCCGACCUCCGGUGCCGGUGUCCGAGCUCUGCAGUGACAAGACCCCUCAAUGCUCUGAUUUGGCUUACGUGCAGACGCGGUUUACCCAAACCAUAAUGGCACCGGACGUGCACAACAACGCUGGGUACGGAGUCAAGGCCGGGCUGGAAAACUGGCGACUGAUCUCGCUUCAUCACGAAAACCUGGUCAUUGAGCUUGUUCGGUUGGAGCGUGGGCCGGGGGAGUCUGUGGUUGCGUACCAGAACGCGACCACCACUUUCACGGCGAAUAUGCUUCGUCAGGCUUUGCCUCACCUUGUUGACGACGAACGCGGCUGGGAUCCGGUCGCGGUCAAGCUCAUCGGUCAGAAGCUCGUUGUUCCAGGCACGUUGCGGUUCGAUUGGGACCCGUCGACGAACAAAGUUGUCCGCACGCACUAUGAGAUCGACAUGCUGACCUCAUUGCUGGCAUUGCUGGGAAGUGUGGAGGACGUCUCGAGUGUACUUGACAGCGCUCUUGCUAUUGACUACUGGAGCACGACUACGUGCCGCUAG